CUCUCUCUCUCUCUCUGACAGAGUUCCAAUGGCUCCCCCCUUCGUCUUCCCCUCCGAUCUCAAGGACCUAGAAGAUGACUCUGACGGCCUCUCGCUCCGCGUCCAGUUCCCCGUCGACGUCGCCUCCCUCCGUCCUUCGCAACUGGAAGAGCUCGUCAAAGGCGUCGCCUUCGACCUAUCCGAUAGGGAGCUCUUCUGCGUCGAGGAGCAGGACGUAUUCGACCGCGUCUACUCCCUCGUCCGCAGCUUCGCCGUCCUCCCCCCUUCCUCCAAGUUCAACCUCGUCGAGACCCUGCGCUCUAACCUCAGUGUUCUCCUCCCCAACGUCGACUCUCUCUCCCGCGUCCCCCAUUUCUCGUCUCCGUCUCCGUCCUCCCCAGGCGCCGCUGCCGACGAGGUCCCGGACAUCGCCACCCGCAUUGCUUCCCACCGGAAUGCCCUCAAGAUCUACACUUUCUUCCUCCUCAACAUCGCCCUCCUCGAGGAGUCCUCCAGCUCUUACUCCUCUGGUGUCAGCUCCAAGGUUGUGCAAGGUCGGAAGAAGAAUCCUACGUAUGCAUGGAAUUGGGAGGCGCAGAGGAGUCGAAUCAUCAAUUUGGUUGCGAACUCUCUGGAGAUUAAUCUCACUUUGCUCUUUGGAUCAAACGAUAUUGAUGAGAGCUAUCUCUCAUUUAUCUCCAAGUGCACUUUCAGUUUAUAUGAGAAUCAGGCUUUGUUGAAGGAUGCAGACACCAGAGAAGGCCUUGGACGUAUAAUAGGUACUAUUGCAACGAAGCAUCAGAGAACUGCACAAUCAUGCGCAUCAAUCCUCCACUUGAUCCAUAAGUUUGACUACACCGUUCCCCACCUUGCGGAGUUGGUUGCUGCAGCUGAGAAGAAGUAUGGCGAUGGAUGCCUAGCUGUUGCCCUUAUUAGGGAGGUUGGUCGCACUGAUCCGAAGGACUAUGUGAGGGAUGGUGUUGGGGCCGAGAAUAUAGGGAGGUUCCUGGUUGAGCUUGCUGACCAAUCUCCGAAGUUUAUGUCCACCAAUGUUGGGGUUCUAGUUCCUCAUUUUGGUGGGGAAUCUUUUAAGAUUAGAAAUGCUCUUGUUGGUGUCUUGGGUAGGUUGGUUGCAAAGGCCUAUAAAGAUGUGGAAGGUGAUGUUAGUUCCAAGUGUCUAAGGUUGAGGGGAAAGCAGGCUAUGUUGGAGAUACUGCUAGAACGAUGCAGGGAUGUGUCGGCGUACACGAGAAGCCGGGUACUUCAAGUUUGGGCAGAGUUAUGCGAAGAACAUGCCAUUUCAAUUGGCCUUUGGAAUGAGGUGGCAGUGGUGGCUUCAGGAAGAUUGGAGGAUAAGACUGCUAUGGUUAGGAAAUCAGCACUCAAUCUGCUUAUCACCAUGUUGCAGCAUAACCCAUUUGGACCACAGCUCCGUGUUGCAGUCUACGAAGCGACAUUGGAGAAAUUCAAAGAAAAAUUGCUUGUAAUGGAGCCGUCCAACACUUCAGACGAUACUUCUGAGGCUGACAAUUUGCAUGCUGGAUCUUCAGUGGAGCAGGGAGAGAGUGUUAGUGACAGCUGUUUGACAUUUAAUGAAGAGCAGCAGGGUGAAGCUGCAGCGAUUCCAGAAAUAGGGAAUUUAGAACAGACCAGGGCAUUGGUGGCCUCGCUUGAGGCUGGUCUGCGGUUCUCACAAUGUGUCACUUCUUUGAUGCCAACCCUUGUUCAACUACUGGCUUCUUCUUCUGCAACUGAUGUGGAGAAUACGAUCCUUCUAUUGAUGAGGUGCAGACAAUUUCAGAUUGAUGGCUCAGAUGCAUCACUCCGCAGAAUGCUGCCAUUGGUAUUUUCCCAAGACAAAUCAAUAUAUGAGGCUGUCGAAAGUGCAUUUGUUACUAUAUAUAUAAGAAAGAAUCCAAUGGAAACUGCUAAAAAUUUAUUGGACCUGGCGAUUGAUUCCAGUAUUGGUGAUCUUGCAGCUUUGGAGUUUCUAAUUAGUUCUUUGAUGUCCAAAGGGGAAAUUUCUAUGAGUACAAUCUCAGCCUUAUGGGACUUUUUCAUCUUCAAUGUCAAUGGAGUAGUUGCAGCACAAAGCCGUGGCGCUUUGUCAAUUUUGUGUAUGGCAGCAAAAUCAAAUCCAGGCAUUCUAGGUUCUCAUUUACAGGAUAUUAUUGAUAUUGGUUUUGGACAUUGGGCAAAGGAGGAACCUUUGCUUGCAAGAACAGCAUGUGUUGCUCUUGAAAGAUUGUCUGAGGAAGAUAAGGACAAACUCAGAAGCAGUAGCAGCAAGGUUUUUGCUGCUCUACAUAGCUUAGUAGCUGGUUUCUGGCUUCCGGACCAUAUUUGGUAUGCUGCUGUUGACAAAGCCAUAAGCACCAUAUAUUCAGUUCAUCCAUUGCCUGAAGCUUUUGCUGCUGAUAUUGUGAAGAAGUACCUCAACUCUGUUUUUGGUUGCACUGCAAGUGAUGAAAUGCUAAACGAUGUAUCUCUUGGACCCUCCAACUUCAUGUCCACAGUGCCUACAGCAAAGCUUGGCAGAUUCCUUUUUAUUAUAAGCCAUAUUGCACUGAAUCAAUUGGUUUAUAUCGAGAGCUGCAUCAGAAGCAUUCAAAAGCAAAAAUUGAAAAAAGAAAAGUUGAAGGUUGAAAAGCAACAGGUUAAUGGUGGUUCAGCUGAAGUAGAGAUGCAAGGUAUAAAUGCUGAAUUGGGACUUGGUGCAUCUGAAGAUGCAGUAAUCGAUUCACUAUCAGAAAAGGCAGAGAAAGAAAUUGUUUCUGGUGGAUCUACUGAGAAAAACCUCAUUGGAUUUUGUGCUCCUUUUCUCUCAAGGCUAUGUAGAAACUUGAAUUUGAUGCAAAAGUUUCCUGAACUGCAGGCUUCUACAAUGCUUGCUCUAUGCAGAUUAAUGAUAAUUGAUUCAGACUUUUGUGAAUCAAAUCUUCAGCUUCUGUUCACUGUUGUGGAGAGUGCUUCAUCAGAAACUGUUCGUUCCAACUGCACCGUGGCUCUUGGAGACCUGGCUGUUCGUUUCCCGAACCUUCUUGAACCUUGGACUGAGAAUAUGUAUGCUCGAUUGAGAGACCCUUCAGAAUCUGUGAGGAAAAAUGCUGUAUUGGUGCUGUCUCAUCUCAUAUUGAAUGAUAUGAUGAAGGUAAAGGGUUACAUAUAUGAAAUGGCUCUACGGAUUGAGGAUGAAGACAAAAGAAUCUCAAGUCUCGCUAAGUUAUUCUUUAAUGAGUUGUCAAAGAAAGGAAGCAAUCCAAUAUAUAAUCUACUUCCUGACAUCCUCAGCAGAUUGUGCAAUCAGAACAUCAAGGAAGAAGAUUUUUACAACAUAAUGCAGUUCUUAAUUAACUCUAUCAAGAAGGACAGGCAAAUGGAAGCCCUUGUUGAAAAGCUAUGCAAUCGGUUCAGUGGAGUUAGUGAUGUUAAACAGUGGAAGCAUAUUGCUUACUGCCUCUCCCAGUUGACAUUCAGUGAAAAGGGAUUGAAAAAGCUUGUUGGGUCUUUUAAAGCAUAUGAACAUUCUUUAUGUGAUGAUUUGGUGAUGGAUCAUUUCAGAAGCAUUGUCAGCAAGUGCAAAAAGUUUGCAAAAGCUGAGGUUAGAUCUUGCAUUGAGGAAUUUGAAGAGAAGCUUAACAAGAUUCAUACAGCGAAAAAGGAACAGGAAACCACCGCUAGAAAUGCCCAGGUUCAUCAACAAAAAGUUGGUAGCCUUGAAGGUUUCCUAAUUAAGGAGAAAAGUGUUGUUGGAAAUACCAGUGAAGCUUUUGUUAUGCCAACAGAUAAAAAUGUUUCUGCCAAGGAGGGUUCGCCCGAAGCCAAAGAUACAAUAUCAGAGGAAAGUUGUCUUUCUAGUGUCAUGAGAGAAUGUGAAGCGGAUGGUAUGGAGGUUCAGUCUCCACAAACCUUUCACAGAGGCGUUUCCAAAUGCAGUACGAGGAAAGUCAAAGGAUCAGCAACACAAGAUCACAAAGACAAUGGUUCCGUAAGACGAAGAAUCCGCUCCACCAGGAGGUAGCCAGUUCAGCGUGAGAGGGUAAUCACACAAUUCCUGCACGUCAGGAAGCAAGAUGACUUUCCUUGCAUGCCACUGCUUCAGUUCUUCAAGGUUUGUCUUUGCCAUUAAGUCUUGUGUAUUCUGAAAUUUCAACAGAUGCUGUAUUAGAUAUAGGAAGAUAUAUCAUAUGAACAUCUGUCGUGGAGUGAAACCAUCUGCACAGCUGUAAACUUUGGAGAUGCAAGAAUGAAAACAUGAUAUUAGGUAUGUAAUAUAAACAAGGAGUUGUAAUCCAAAAAGGGAAUUCUAUGUAAGUUAAUUCCCACCAGUGGCAAGGGUUUACUUAACUAUGAUGCCUUACAGACUCUGCAUUUUAGCCGACAUCUGAAGACCCCAAACAGCACUGUUGAUGUCGAAGAAGGUUAGGAUUCAGUGAGAAGCCAUCCCCAUGGAGGUGGGGACAAGGAGGGUCAUGCAUACAUAUCACAUGCAUGAAAGGUCCACCGAAGCUUUAAACCCCAACGUCUAUGAUGUGUCCAUGAUGCAUAUUAUAUCAUUACAUGCCGAGUUCAUGUGGCAUAAUUAUUUGUUUGUAUUUUAAAUUUUUUUGGCAUAAUUAUUAAAUGGGUUGGUUUU